AUGUCGCUAGAUGAAUCAAUUUCUGGAGAGCGGGGUUGCGUAGUGAUUACACCAGAUAAUUCAUCUGGAGUCUCUGAAUUUUCGGAUUCAAAAACUGUGGAAAUACUUCAGGACCAGCAACAAAACAAAGAAGUUCGAUCACAUAAAAAGAAAGAAGUGGAAAAUAUGGUGCAAGAUGUAUUUGAUUUCACCGUGGAUGAAUCUGAUAAAAAUCACAUAACAAAAUUUUCGCUUACGGGCCAUGAGGAAAAUUCAGAUGCAUUGGAUAAUACAGCCCGCUUAUACGAAGAUGCAUGUAAUGCAGAAGAUAAAACGAUAAAAGCCAAUCAGGCAGAAAUUUUUAUGCUGGUCGCGAAUUCUAUUGCAGAAUUAUCCGAUAGUAAAAUUCAAACUAUUAUUGAUUAUUUCUCCAAGAAUCUCAACACCGAAUUACUGGAUGAACAGGAUGACUUUAUUAUAGAUUCCGAAGAGGAGGUUUCGGAUGAUCAGACUAAUGCAUCGGAAGUAGUUUCAGCUGAAGUAAACAUAUCAACCGCACCUAUUCCUUUAACACAUAUCUCUAAUUCUUCAAAUGAUUCCUCAGAAUUCGGUCCAGUCAAUUCGAAAUAUGAGGUGAGUGAGAAAAAGGAAUCUUUACCCGAGGAAGAGGUAAGUAUACCCGAUAAUUCCUUAGAUUUUAAUUUGGAUUCCUCUGAUGUUGAUAAUGUCGAUAAUGAAAAUUUCUCUGAUAAUGAGAGAAAAGAUAGAUAUAAUUUCAGCGGAGUAUUUUCCGAUGACGAUGAUGAAGGAUAUUAUUAUGAUUUAAAUACCGGUGAAACUUGUACAAAAUCAGAGAGUCGAAGACUGGAUCGUCGAUCAAUUUGCGCAUAUUAA